AUGCCAAGCGUCCUCCACCGCUUCAGCGGGCCCGAUCAAGAUCUCGCUGCUGCCCUGGAAAGGGAUGUGAUGGAUACGAGCCCGGGCGUGCACUGGGAGGACAUUGCUGGGCUGGAGCAGGCGAAGCGGCUACUGCAGGAGAAUGUGGUGCUACCGCUGUACAUGCCUGACUUCUUCCAGGGCAUUCGCCGUCCUGUCAAGGGCGUGCUGAUGUUUGGGCCACCAGGCACAGGGAAGACAAUGCUGGCCAAGGCAGUUGCCACAGAGUGCCAGACCACCUUCUUCAACGUGUCUUCCUCUACUCUGGCCUCCAAGUACAGGCAAUCUGAGCGCAUGGUGCGGUGCCUGUUUGAGAUGGCUCGCGCGCUGGCGCCCAGCACCAUCUUCAUCGACGAGAUUGAUGCGCUUUGCUCCUCACGCGGUGCGACCGGUGAGCACGAGGCCAGCCGCCGCGUGAAAACGGAGAUCCUGGUGCAGAUCGAUGGCAUGCACUCCCAUGCUGACCCUGGCCAGAAGGGGCAGGUGAUGGUGUUGGCAGCCACAAACUUCCCCUGGGACAUUGACGAGGCACUGCGGCGGCGCUUGGAGAAGCGAAUCUACAUCCCCCUGCCUGCAGCACCAGAGCGGUCUGAGUUACUGCGCCUUGCCCUCAAGGAGGUUGAUGUGGCGGAUGAUGUGGACUUCGACCAGCUGGCAGCGCUGACAGAGGGCUACAGCGGCGAUGACAUCACCAACGUGUGCCGCGAUGCUGCCAUGAACGGCAUGCGCACCAAAAUUGCCGGCAAGACUCCUGAGCAGAUCAGGGCCAUGCGGCGGGAGGACGUCAAUCAGCCGGUCAACAUGCAGGACUUCCACCACGCUCUGCAGCGCAUCAACUCCAGCGUAUCAUUGACAGACGUCAAGCGCCACCUAGCAUACAUGCAGGAGUUUGGCAGUGUGUGA